ACACACGACGCUAUAUGACCCCCAACGACAGCGAAUCCUAAACUCGAUGGAAGUUGAUAUAUACAAAAUACGCCAAAUGCGACAUAGACCUAUACUUUUUGUGGGACCUCUUACACCACAAUGCCUGCAAAUCUCGACGACCUCCCCGACGAAAUCCUACAUCUGAUAUUACACUACAGCGAUCCAACACAAUGCCUAGCGCUAGAAAGGACAUCUCGCCGAUUCCGAGGUGUCACAAACGAACCACUAUUGUGGCGUCAAUACUGCCAGUCUCAUUUUCGAUACUGGGAUGAUAAACAUGACUUUGAUGAGAAACUGAGAAGGCCGCCUUCGACUGUUGCGUGGAAAGAACUGUUUGCCGAGAGAUAUUUUACUGACUGGGUCACGACGAAGGUUCUGGAUGAUAUACUGUCAAGUCAAUCUGGGCGUAUCAAUAAGGCGCAGAUUAUUAUUGAUCAUGGAUAUGAUGCGAAGGAUACACUCUUACGGCAUUCACGUGCCAGUACGGAUUUGGACGACUACCUAGCCAGAAGAUACUAUAGUAACGCCAUGUUGGGGUGUCUACAACGGAACAUAGCCAUCCCACUAUGGGCAGACUUGAAGGAGAAUGGAAAAGAGACACCAUUAGAAAGGGCACUGGGCUGCUUCGAUCUUUUCGUCCCUCAGUGCGGGAUAGACUCGCUCGACCAGAUACAAGACAUGCUCGACGAGAUUGCAGACAACCUAUCACAACAGAACCCACACAUAGUAAAUCUUGCACCACGCCAAAGAGCGCUGUUGAUUGCAUCUUACUUACUCUCAAAUAACUAUAUCGGGUUACGGGCCGGCCGGCACUAUCACACUCUUGAACACAAUUUCCUUGGAUUCGCUCUUCGAGAUCAGGGACACAACUCCUUGCCUCUAAUAUCGGCUACGAUAUACUGCGCCGUUGCGCAAAGGUUUGGGCUCAAUGCUCAGCCGUGUGGAUUUCCCUACCAUGUGCUGGUGAUUAUCUCACCAGCUGUCGGCUUCGACCUGGACGGAGUAGAAUUACUACACGGCAAUCCCGGCUCGCCUAUGUAUAUGGAUCCAUGGCGGUCUGAUAUCGAAGUCCCUGCCAGUGAUUUGCAGAGUCAAUUGAAUAUGCUUGGGAAUCUAACAGCACCAACGUCACGAUUUCUUGGCCAGACAUCAACACCGGAUAUUGUUUAUAGAUGCGGCAGGAAUAUUCUAAAUUCAUUGCAGAACGGCCCGGAGGAAUCGAGUACUUUGGAUACUGAACUCGCACGAUAUGCGGGUCUCUGGUCCAUGAUGUUAUCUACGCCGCAGUCUAGUUUCAAUGAGGUCAGGCGAAGCUUACCAUGGUUCAUGGAACUCUUCUUCAAAGAGUUUCCGUGGGACAUUUCUCUGGUUGAACAAUAUGUUCUAUCGAAACUUCGGGACUCAAUUGAGGUCGACCACGUCUCGGAAGGACUGCGCGUCAUGCGCACGGUCGAUGAAAUACCAAAAAAAUUACGCCACCGCGGACCUGAGCACCAAAAUGUCAAGUAUCGAGUAGGUCAAGUCUUUAUCCAUCGGCGAUAUGAGUACCAGGCGGUGAUCACAGGAUGGGACGCGGAAUGUGAUGCGAACGAGGAAUGGAUGCGGCGAAUGGGUAUUGAUCAAUUACGAGCUGGAAGAAAGCAAAGUUUCUAUCAUGCGCUGUUAGUUUAUUCGCCUUGUUGUGCAUGGAAUGGUUUGUGCUGAUGUUGAUUAUAGUGUCGAGGAUCGGAGUAUCCGCUACGUCGCCGAAGAGAAUAUCCAGAUCAUCACUCCAACCAUGUCGGAGCUCUCUAGCGGCCUGUUGGCUAUUGCCGGGAAGCAUUUCAAGCGAUGGAGCGAAGAUGAGCGAAAAUUUGUGAGCAACAUUCGCGACGAAUACCCGGACGAUUAGAUGCUCCAGAAGGAACUAGACGAGUCCAUGAUGUGUCAACGAUGUAUGAUAAUAAUGAUAAUGAUAAUACUAUACCUGUGAAUC